AUCACACUGGAAGCUGAGGACUUCUGACUCAGUCAGGACCUUGACCUUGAAUUCAUAAAGAUUCUAAAAGCUCCAGAGACAAACGCUUCAUGGACACAAUCCCCUGAAACCAGUAACCCACUUCCUUUAAUAGCAAAGUAAACACGGAAACCAUUUCCCUUGACCCGUGGGAGAAGCCAGGAUGGAAACUUCCACCGCCCCAAAGAACUAUGACAUGACCACAGAAUACGACUAUGGAGACGCAACCCCGUGCCAGAAGGUACAGGAGAGAGCCUUUGGGGCCCAGCUGCUGCCCCCCUUGUACUCAGUGGUAUUUGUCUUUGGCCUGAUAGGCAACAUCCUAGUGGUCCUGGUCCUCAUGCAAUACAAGAGGCUCAAAAGCAUGACGAGCAUCUACCUCCUCAACCUGGCCACGUCUGACCUGAUCUUCCUCUUCACGCUGCCCUUCUGGAUUGACUACAAGCUGAAGGAUGACUGGGUUUUUGGUGAUAACAUGUGUAAGUUGCUCUCUGGGCUUUAUUUCUUGGGCUUGUACAGCGAGAUCUUCUUCAUCAUCCUGCUGACCAUUGACAGGUACCUGGCCAUUGUCCAUGCUGUGUUUGCCCUGCGGGCUCGGACCGUCACCUUUGGUAUCAGCACCAGCAUUGUCAUCUGGGUCCUGGCCGUCUUGGCUUCUGUCCCGGGCUUGUACUUUUCCAAGACCCAGUGGGAGUCCACUCACUACACCUGCAGUCUUCAUUUUCCUCCUGAAAGCCUAAGAACGUGGAAGCAGUUCCAGGCUCUGAAACUGAACAUCGUGGGGCUGGUGUUGCCUCUGUUGGUCAUGGUCAUCUGCUACACAGGGAUUAUAAAGAUUCUGCUCAGACGACCAAAUGAGAAGAAGUUCAAAGCUGUGCGUCUGAUUUUUGUCAUCAUGAUCAUCUUCUUUCUCUUUUGGACCCCGUACAAUCUGACUGUGUUUGUUUCUGCUUUCCAAGACUCCCUGUUCACCCAUGAGUGUGAGCAGAGCAGACAGCUGGACCUGGCCAUACAAGUGACGGAGGUGAUCGCCUACACCCACUGUUGCAUCAACCCCGUGAUCUAUGUCUUUGUCAGUGAGAGGUUCCGCAAGUAUCUAUGGCAGUUGUUCCAUCAGCUGGUCGCCGUUCGCCUGGCUAAACGGCUCCCCUUCCUCUCCAUGAAGAGGCUAGAGAGGGUCAGCUCCAUGUCCCCCUCCACCGGGGAGCAUGAACUCUCUGCUGGGUUCUGACUCAGGCCCCUGGAGGCUGACCCAGGACCCAACAAGAGUGACCUGCCUGGCAUGCCGGCUGGGGAGGAGGCAGCUUGGGUGUCCUGGCCAGAUUAUGAUGCCUGACGCAGAUGGAAUGGUAGCCACGUGAGGUUGAGGGAGCUCCAGGUGCUCCAGACCAAAUCACCUCUGGGGCUUGAGUUUUCUCUGUGAACUUCCCUUUGGUAGAAAGGAGAUGAAUAAAUGAAACGGGACAUUCCAGAAGACUGGGACAAAGGAUGACCAAGAAGGGCUUGGUCCCAAACAGGAAUUCAGAUUUGUGAACUUUAACAUUUGUAAACCAAACCACUGAGCAUCUGCCACCCUUGCCCCGUCACCAGUGGACUUGGAAAUAGUGAUUUCCACCACGGACUCCACUCUGAGCCAAGAGCCAGUCAGGAGCUGGCGGCUGCCUCCGCCCACCCACCCCACUCCCACUGCAGGGUUUAGGCUCUUAGAAACCCUGAGGAACCUAGGACUCACGAUGGAAGAACUUGACAUCUGAUGGUGGGCUGGACACAGACAAAAUGUAUAAAAUGCUGCGCUUCUUGAAAUAGCCAGGGAGCGGAGGAAGUCAUUACUUCCAUUUAGCAUCCCUUUCUUUCUGAAUAUUUUUCAGAAUCUCCCUUCCCUGUAAGUUGAGGGAUGUGGUGGUAAAUUCUGACAGCUUUAUUGCAGAAAUUAUUAACAGGCCAAAGGAGACCGGAUUGCUUUUCUUCCUCUUCGUUCUCCAUCCAGACCUUUUAGUUGUGUGGCUCAGAGUUUUGGCAGCCACCUUGCACACAUCAGCAGAACAGGGACCUGGUGUGCAAGCUGAUGGGGUUUGAGGCUGGGAGGGUAACGUCUACCAGGAAGGGUGGGGGCCCUGUCGAUGUAGGAAGUCGAGGAGCCCUUAACUCAAAGAAACUUAUUCACCCUAAAGGUCCUUAACGCUUCAGCUCUCACCUGAAGUGCGGUAGGACUUCCUAUCCAUUAUGUCUUCUUCCCUUUUCCCUCAGACAUAGAUUUCUUUUAAAAUAAUUUUCCCAGUAACAAAAAUUGUUUUCUAGAAAAGCUUAAAAACACAAAGGGAAAAAAAAGCCAUCAAAAGCAUUCAUAAUCCCCCUACCCAAAGACAACCACUGUACAUUCUUUGAUGUAUUUUCCUUCAGUUUUUUUUUUCUCCUAUGCAUAUCUAUGUUCAUGAGCAAGAUGGACUUCAGCUGUAUUUACUCUUCCACUGUUGUUGUUUUUAAGUAGCAGUAUGUUGGGAACACUUUCCUAGGCAAUAAAUUAUUUCAAAGUA